ACAGAGGAAACAGAGUGUGGCCAGAGGGAGGGUGCAGUGUUUGUUUUGAAGUGGCAGACUGGUGUUCAUUAAGGGUUAGUGGCUGUAGCUGAGAACAAGAUAGUCCCUCACUGGACUGAAUAUUAGUGAGUGUGAGGGAAAAGUGCAUCGUUGAUUCUGGACUGUCUUGGCCACAGCAGCCGGAAAACCUACCAUUGAUUUUCUGUGUGGACUGCACACUUCCUCCUCUGCUGUACUGGGUUCUUCUGUGCAUGCGGCUCAAGGUGACUCCGGAUCCGAUCCAGCCCCUGGGAGCCUCCUGACUGGGUCCCUGGAUCUACAGGGAAAAGUGGGUUGAAGCUUCCUCUCUACCCCCCUAGAAGUGGAGUCCAACUGGGGAUAGGACCGUAGGAUAAUAAGGAUGUGAGGCCUUGACACCAGCCAUUACCCACUACUGGGCCUGCUUGUGUUCUGUCCAGCCCUGUGGAGGUGGAUAAGGGGGAAGGGAAUGGGCCCAGCUUCACUGCAGGAGGAGACCGAGCAGGAGCCAGGGGGAGAAAUGGAGUGCUACCACAGCCUUCUGCAGGCUGGCUCUCAGCUAGAGAACACACUGCAGCAGGUGUCAGUCCCUAUGAGUAUGAAGGAGGUGGACGGCUACAUUGAAAAGCAGGUGGCCUACCUGUCAGGUGGGCGUGGUGAGGACUCCAGCGUGAUUAUCACCCUCCCAGAAUACUCGGCUUUCAGCGACAUUCCAGAGGAGUCUUUAGCUAAAGUCUUAACAUACCUCACCCUCAUACCUCGAGCACGACAACCAGGUGUAAAAUUCAUCAUCAUUUUAGACAGACGACUGGAUACUUGGACCUCAAUCAAAACAGCACUUGCCAGAAUUGCGGCCUCCUUCCCUGGGAACCUCCACCUGGUGCUGGUGCUGAGACCCACCAGCUUCUUCCAGCGCACCGUCACAGACCUGGGCUUCCGCUUCAGCCAGGAGGACUUCAUGCUCAAGAUGCCAGUGGUGAUGCUGAGCUCUGUGACAGACCUACUGAGAUACAUUGAUGAAAAUCAAUUGACCUCAGAGUUUGGUGGAACCCUGGAUUACUGCCACAGUGACUGGAUCGUCCUGAGAACAGCCAUAGAGAGCUUUGCGGUGACAGUUAAGGACAUAGCUCAGAUGCUGCAGGCGUUUGGCACAAAGCUGGCAGAGACAGAGCUGCCAGAUGAGGGCACCGCCAUCGUACACCUCCUCUCAACCCACACUGACAAAUACAGGAAACUCAAGGAGGCGAUAUGGUCUGUAUCAAAGGAGGGUCGCCACCUGCUGGCUAGCCUGGAGGCCUCUGGGAGAGAGGAGGAUUCACUAUGGGAUAUCAGGCUGGACUGGGAGACUGUGCAGAGGCUACUAGCCCAGCUGAGGGACAUGGAGUCAGCCUUUGACGGCUUCUUUGAGAAGCAUCAUCUGAAGCUCCAACAGUACCUCCAGCUGCUCAGAUACGAACACAGCUUCCAGGAGAUGGAGUUGUCUCUGGAGCGUCUGGCGACCCAGGAGAGGUCGUUGUCGUUGUCAGGGGAGACGCUGACUCAGACAGAACAGACACUCAGGGACCUGGACGGCCUGGAGGCUCACGCACAGGAGGAGAUGGCCCGUGCCCAGACCAUCAUCCUCCAUGGUCACCAGCUGGCAGCCUGUCACCACUACGCUAUGGCCCUGAUCGUGCAGCGCUGCAAUGAGCUACGUCACCGCUGUGACACGCUCAGUAAGGCUCUGAGGGCCAAACACACACACCUCUCCCAGGCCUACCAGCUGAUGCUACGCUUGGAUCAGGCCCAGAGUUGGUGUGACGACGGGGCCUACCUGUUGGCCCAGCAGCUGGUGGAAAAGUUCCAUUCUAAGGAGGGGGCCCAGGCUGCUCUGAAGGACAUAGACAGAUUCCUGGAGGGGGCUCCGUCUCUCCUCAGCUCAGGACAUGACCUCCUGGCCGUGGAGUUUGAGUCUGUCCUCACCCCAGAGAUACAGGUCCAGAUAGGGAAGACAUUUGAGAAGCACACAGCGGUGCAGGAGAUGAUCCACAACAGACAGGUCUGUCUGAGGAAGCUGGCUGAUAAACACAUCCGUCCCAUUCAACUGGUUUCCCCCCGGCCAGAGAACCCACCCCGUUCCAAGUCCCCACUAUUCUCCCCCAAACAUGGGGUCGACGGUUUGAAGUUCUCCUUCGAUCUAUCACUUCCGGGGAAGAGGACGUCACGGAAAAGCCCCGGCUCCAGAAAGAUUGAGGUGAUGCAUGACUACCAGGAGAAUAGGAGCUCCCUGCUCUCCAGCCUGGAGGGAGAGGACAGCCCAGACCUUCUCAAACGUCACGUGAUGAGGGAGCUAAUCGAGACAGAGAGAGUCUAUGUGGAGGAGCUGCUGUCAGUGCUGCUGGGAUACAGGGGAGAGAUGGAGAAUCCAGGCCUUUCAGGGCUCCUGCCCCCCAUCCUGCAAAGUAAGAAAGACAUCCUGUUUGGAAACAUGCCUGAGAUCUACAACUUCCACAGCAGGGUGUUCCUGCAGGACCUGGAGGGCUGCCUGGAGACCCCAGAGGCAGUAGGGGCCUGCUUUCUGGAGCGGAAGGAGAAUUUCCAGGUGUAUGAGUGUUACUGUCAGAAUAAGUCUCGCUCUGAGUCCUUGUGGAGGCAAUUCUCCGACUGUGCCUUUUUCCAGGAGUGUCAGAAGAAGCUGGAGCACAAACUGGGCCUGGAUUCUUACCUGCUGAAACCAGUACAACGCCUUACCAAGUACCAGCUACUACUGAAGGAGCUACUGAAGUACAGUCCAGGAGGCUGUGAGGGGACCUCGGAGCUACAGGGGGCGCUAGCAGCCAUGCUGGACCUCCUCAAGUCAGUCAAUGACUCCAUGCAUCAGAUCGCCAUCACGGGCUACCAGGGAGAGUUGUCUGACCUGGGCCGGGUGCUGAUGCAGGGCUCCUUCAGUGUGUGGAUCAGCCAUAAGAAAGGCCCCACCCGUAUGAAGGAGCUGGCCCGCUUCAAGCCCAUGCAGAGACACCUGUUCCUGUACGAGAGAGCCCUGCUCUUCUGCAAGCGCAGGGAGGAGCAUGGAGAGGGUGCAGACAAGACCCCCUCCUACAGCUUCAAGCACUGUCUCAAGAUGAGUGCGGUGGGGAUUACAGAGAACGUCAAGGGAGAUGUGAAGAAGUUUGAGAUCUGGUACAGUGGCAGGGAGGAGGUGUACUUAGUUCAGGCCCCCACAGUGGAGGUUAAGAUGGCUUGGCUCAAUGAUCUGCGAAGGAUCCUCACCAACCAGCAGAAACUCCUUAAAGAUGAGCAUUGUGUCAACAACCAGAUGCCAGAACACAUUCAACUGUCUCCGCCCUUGUCUGAGAGCAAACAGCAGAGGGCGUCGAUCAGCUCCGAGGACACUGAGUCAGGGAGGAGCAGUCCAGACCCCCAGUCCCACUCCCCUCAACACCGGCGCAACCGACGCAGCUGGCCCGGUGCACCUCACUCAGUAGACAUCUGUGAGGGUCUGGAGGAGUGGGGUGGCGGUGAGGACCCCUCUCAGCCUUCAGACACCGAGGAGGAGGACGCUGCUCAGCUGGCUCCAGGCAGAUAUAAGGCCUUGGCUGAAUGUUCACGAUACGGCCCAGAUGACCUCACCAUCAAGAGCGGUGAUGUCAUCCAGCUGCAGCACGAGGACAGCGAAGGCCACUGGCUGGUGAAGAACCUGAGUCGCAGACAGGAGGGCAUCAUCCCAGUCCCCAACCUGCACAUGAUUCUGGGAAACGGCAAUAGAGGACAGUCCACCAGACUAGGAGAUCCAGGGAAUCUGAAGGCCAGAAAGCUCAGCUCCCCUUAGAGGGAAAAUGCUGUCUUCAAUUGCUCGCGGGACCUGGGAAAGUGGUUUAGUCGGAACCUCGUAUUUCCCACUUCGGAGGAGCUUUGGAAGGCAGCAACACCUUUUGUUGGACCUUUACAAAGAUUGACAGACUGAAAAGACAGACUGUUUUCCAUUAGACAUUGUGAGGUCAUGACUGAUGGAAUAUCUUAAACGCUGCUUCCUCAAAGUGCUCUGAUUGGCCACGAUUAGAGACAACUAGCCAAUUUAAGAAGGACGUAGGAGUUUUAGGUCUGGGUUUUUGAUUGACAUUUUUCUGGGCCAGUAACAUGAGGACCUGUUGUUUUUUUCGCCCACCAUGAUGGACAGUGGACACACUUUAUGAAUGUUACCCUCCAAACACUUUAGACAGCACGGGGUUCUACCAGCACAAAGGCACACGGUUUGGUGAAGGACAAGGGACAUGUGAAAAGAUUUGGGACUUAAAAUUCAAUCCCCCACUUCCUCUUAGACCCAGCCAAUGGGCUUUUCUGUUGGGCUGCUGUAGCUGGAUUACAUCCAUGGACUCUCGCUCUCUGAGGGAUUCUUAACAGUCAUUGCUAAUCAGUGAGAAUGCAGUUGUUGUUUGUACGUUUAUGCGUUUAUUCUUAUGCGUCAUAAUAAUCUGGGUUUUCGCCUGAAACCUUUCUUAAAAAGAGACUUUUGUACAUAGCUAUGUCAUUCAUUUUGGAUGUGUAAUACUUGAAUGUUGGUCUAUUGUUUGUUGAUGUUCAUUUAUUCUACAUGCUCAUGUUGUUUAGGUUUCCAUCCUGUCUUAUUCCUUAAGGUACCCUUCUCUUAGCUCUCCAAGCUUGAAAUGCCAAAACGUGCCGUGCCAUAAUGCCUUUUUAUUCCUGCAAUGUUGGAAUCGAGCUCCUCUUUGAUAAAUGUACUGUUUGCUCCGCAAUAUCAAACGCAGUCUUGCUUCUACCUCACAUCGGACCUAUACUCAACUGGCACUUUAUUAAUGCUUAUAAGCGAAAUGCAAGCUGAAAGAAAACAAGCGGAAAGCUUUACUAUAUUUUCAAAGGCUCUAGAGAAAUUGAGCUCUCCAUGAACACAAUACCUCCUUCAUAUUUUCCUGAUUCAUACCCAUCUAUUCAUACCUAUAGACACACCGCCCCAAUAUACAUAAAGUUAAGAUGUCACGGAUGGUAAAUUCCGACAUCUUGUGAGAUGAUGGUGACUGAUAGAAGGGUACUCCUCAGGUCUAUAGUGAUAUGGGGGAAGAGCUACUACCCGCGUGGCGCCAGCAAAGACUGAUGUCAUUCUCCCCAGGAUUUCACUCUGUCUCCCGGGUGGGAGCAGCACAAAAUGGAGCGAGAGAGCUGGAUCAAGAGAGGGAGAAAUGUGCCACUCUCUCUUCCUCUACUCGUCUCCUCCACGGCCUUGCAAUUAAUCUUAGGCUUCCCAUUAAACAGGAUCAUACAGCAAACAUGAAAUAUACCCGCUAUGUCGAACGCUUAAUUAAAUAUUGAUUGCGGACUUAUAUGAAUUUACUACAUCAAAUCAAGGCCCCAGUCGGAGGCCUGCCUUUCAUAUGCUGCGUUUGAUGUGGAAAUGAGCCAGGAAAACAGCGGGGAGCACAGCGCCACACAGCGCCACACUACUAAUGUCUUCUUAUUAAUUAAUUAAUUCAUUUUGCUAUCAAGUUGUUCCUUCGCGGCGGUAAGCAGCUGUGCAGCCCAGUAAAAGUGUCUCUCUACCCUUAACGGAGACCUGCUUGACUGCUGCGCGUCGCAUCAAUGGGUUUCUCUCCUCAUAUGGCAGAAUUAGCUGGGUUUUCUUUCUUUUGGGCUCCAAAAUGCUGCACAUUUUGCACUGAACUGUGAUGUUCAAAAAUGGAGACAGAAAUAUGCUUGAAAAUGCUGUGCGUCUUUGACAAGCGCUGUAAGCUUGUUGCUAAGUGUUUCUCAUAAGAGAACAUAGCAUGGCUAACUGAAUAUUGACCGAACGUGGCAGGUUUCAGGUUUUUAUUAUUGUUCUUCAGUCAUCAUUGUUGAUUGGCUGCUUUUUUAUACAGCUUCAGUAUUGUAUAUAGACCAAAUAAAGUAUUUAUUGAAAUAA